AUGGCGGUCAACCACCUUGUGAAGGACUUGAAACUUUGGGCGACAGAAGAGUUCAAUCUGCCCUCAGAGUGUCUGCCGCCGAACAGCUACUUCAGAGCUUUGUGUGCUGGGAAAAGAACGUCAAUUUGGAAGUAUGUCAUCUGUCACGUUUUUCAACAAAGAACCGUGAAGCUCAAGCGAGACAAUCUUCAGUGGUACAAAGUGCUUCAAGACAAAGAGGCAAAGCAAAAUGAAGGCCAAAACGUAGUGGCUAAGAUGAGCGAGAUUCAGAUAGAGAUACAGCAGCUCAGGAGUGAGGUCAAUGAUCUGGACGCCAAGAUCAGAAGGACUGAGGAGCAUCUUGCUACUCAAGAGCGGUCCAUCAGUUCCACUUGGGCUGAGGUGGAGGACAGUCAGUGCAGGAGUUUGCUCCUCCACGCUUUCAAACAGCGCUGCGUGUCAAGUCGCAAGAUACUGUCCAGUGACAUUCAAGUUGUGUGUGGCUUUCGUCGGGCACUGGAGCUGUUGGCAAGGAAGGCUGAGGUUGAAGUACUGUUUGGGAAUGGGUUUUCCAGCAAUUGUGAUGUUGACACACUCCUCUUCAACUCUCCAAUGGAGCCACAAGUGCUGCGUCAAGUGAGACAGCUGUGUAAUGAGAGGGCCCAUUUGUAUCGGUCUUUACAAGAGUGUGAAUUGAAAAAAGCAGACAAUGGAUGCAUGACUGAUGGGACGAGGAAUACUGUGUUUCAGUCCUGGUUGAGUGCCGUGGAGAACUUGGUGGAUGCUUACCCUAUAAGCCACAUCCUCUCUGCAUUGCAACAUUUACUUUCCCAAGAGGAGGAGGCAUUGGUGAGGAAUGUUUCCUCUCAGGAUGUGAAGGCUCUUGGGUUGUGUUAUGAAACCAAUAAUCACCUCGACGUAUUCUCAGAUGAGAAUGACAACUUGCCCUCCGUUGAAGCCCUCUUAAAGGCUGCGUGGCAAGAGCUGGACGAUAGAGGUGUUGAAUUAUCCCUGACUCAAAACAGAGUCCAGCAACUUCAGAACCAGCUGGUGGAUUGCAGGACGCAAGUUGAAGAGAACAGUUCUUGCUUUGUUUCUGAUCACAACAAAGAUAAGUUGGCAUUGUCAGUUCUAGAACUGAACCUUCAGUGUGUGAUGAAAGCUGCAGCCAGGGACCAUAUUCAAGACCGCCUCGUCCAGCUUGACCAGCAUGCCAGAAGCCAACAGGAGGUGCUCCGUAACCUCCACAGCCAGUGGAAGAACAUUAUAGACUCCAGACAACAAGUGGUCCACAGGCAAGGACAGAUAAAUAGUCUUAUCAAAGGAAAUUCAUUAGUGAAAACUGAAUUGGUCCGUAUGUGCAAAGAGCUACAGGUCUUUCUGGAGGACAAGGUGGUGCCACAAUGCAAAGAUGUCGUUACAGCUACCAAUAACAUGAGGAACUCUAUCUCAAAGGAGGUUAAUCAGUUGAGCACCAUUUCGCUUCAAGCUUUGGACCGGAGGACUGUUAAUGGAAUGCAGAGAAUUCCCACAUCAUGGCUUUCCAUCCAUCGCUUACAGUCACCGACAUUUGGCAGCCUGUGUCUGAACAUGGCGUUCCCUCUCUACAGGGCUCCAGAAGAAUUGUGUGCCCAGGCGUGCUGUGACCAACUUGAGUGGCGUUUUCUCUGUCAGUUACAACAACUUCACUGUACCACGCUGCAAAAAUCCAAGGAUAGGGCAGCUCACCUGCCUGCAUCCAGUCACAAAGCCUUGCUGUCCAAAGUCAAAGCGAAAGAUGAGACAUUGUUGAAGUCUCUGGUGCCAAGGGUCAGAUUUCUUACCCAAAAAUGUGCAGAAAGCCUUUCUUAUGAAGAGAAGCUUCAAACGGCCAUCUCUGACUGGUGGGAUCAGCCAGCACGGAAUGUUGUACCUGAUGUCCGCAAAGGAGGACUGACUUUUCAGCAAUGGCUAGAAAAAUGGCGACUAGCUGCCAAAGUCUAG